AUGGCGACAUCCGAAAAAGCCCCCGAAGCCGGGCUGAUUGGUCGGCCUCUCGAGUUCAAGGGUGGCAAAGUUGCUCCCAAUCGUCUUGCCAAGGCUCCGUUGGAAGAGACUCUCGCUCGAACUGGAGGCGGACCACCCAAUCAUGCCCACUUUGAGCUCUACCGCGCCUGGGCUCGCGGCGGAUGGGGUCUCAUCAUCACAGGCAACAUCGCCAUCGACCCUCUCCACCUCGGCACACCCUGGGACGUCGUCAUUCCAUACGAUGAGCAGAGCCUCGCCUUUUUCAAAGGCGCUAUGAAGAGGUAUGCUGACGCUUGCACUGGUCGCGAUCAGCCCGACGUCGUCAAUCCCAAGUCUCGCCCUCUAGCCGUUGUCCAACUCGUUCACGCAGGUCGACAGUCAAUGCGUGGUUCUGGACGUGGCAUCACAGCUCCCGCCCUCGCUCCCUCUGCCGUUCCCAUGAGCACCAUGGGCAACUUCGGUCCCAUCGGCAAACUCUUCGACCAUCUUCUUUGGGGUCCCGUAGCAGCAAUGACCACCGAGCAGGUCCAUCAACUACGAGAUCGCUUCGUUCAAGCCGCGCUCAUCUGCGCAGAAGCAGGCUUCGACGGUGUCGAACUUCACGGCAGUCACGGAUACCAACUCGCAGCAUUCCUCAGCCCACGAACCAACCUGCGAACGGACCAGUACGGUGGUUCCGCCAAGAACCGCGCCCGAUUGCUGCUUGAGAUUGUAGAUCUGGUGCGCGAGAAGGUCAAGGACGACUUCAUUAUCGGUGUGAAGCUGAAUAGCUCCGAUUAUGUGCAGGGUGGAUUGACGGAGGAGGACGCGUUGCUCAACGUCAAGUGGCUUGCUGAGACCGGCAAGGUGGACUUUGUCGAGAUCAGUGGCGGAAACUACGAGAACCCUUCGUUUGUCAUGGAAGGUUUCGACUCGGAGGCUGAGAAGGUCAAACUCGAAAAGCUUUCUUCCAAGACCGCUUCCGCCAACAGCAAGUCGGACCCGAAAGCUACCGGGACAGGUGCCAAUACUGUGCAAGGUGCUGGUGUAGACCCCACCUCCAAGACCACAGCACGAACGGGCAAGCGAGAAGCGUUCUUCCAGAACUUUGCCCGUCGUUGUCGUUCCAGCCUUCCAGCGGAUUCGCGACUCAAGAUCAUCCUCACCGGUGGACUGCGUUCGCGUCACGGCAUCGCUUCCGCCAUCAACCCGGACGACGGUGCUGCGGAUAUGGCCUGUCUCGGUCGUCCCGCUGCCGUCUUUCCUUCGCUUCCCCUUCGUCUCACCGAUACCUCCAUCCCAGACUCCUCCCCUGAAGCAGGUACGCCCGAAUACAAGGUCCCCGCUGUGACGAGUCUCGCCCUAGUACCCAUCAAAAUCAUCGGCGCUGGCUGGGGCACCCUCUGGCACACCUUCCACAUGGCCCAGACCGUGCUCAACCAACGUGCAGACGCUUCCAAAUCCACCUGGUCGUUGAUCAACGAUUACACAAAGACAGGAGCUACGCAGACCGGUUUCAAGGAGUCGAACGAUGAUUGGUUCAUGCUAGCCGUUAUGACGGUGAUUCCGAUGUUGGCUUGCAUUGCUGUGUUCGUGUUCGGUUCGAGGUCGUCCUCGUCCUAG